AUGUUCACAGGCAUUGUCGAAGAGGUGGGAGAAAUCCUCACCUUGGAUCCCCAUGACGAGACCGGCGGCACCUCCUUGACGGUCAGCCUGCCCUCUGGCUCGUCGCUGCUGUCCGAUGUCCACCUCGGCGACAGCAUUGCCAUCAACGGCUGCUGCCUCACCGUCACCGCCUUUGACCCGGCGUCGUUCAAGGUCGGCGUCGCCCCCGAGACGCUGCGCCUGACCAACCUGGGCGACCUCAAGCAGGGCGACCGCGUCAACCUGGAGCGCGCCGUGCGUGCCGACACGCGCAUGGGCGGGCACUUUGUGCAGGGCCACGUGGACACGGUGGCGACCGUCACCAAGGUGGCGGCCGACGGCAACGCGCAGACGAUGCGGUUCGCGCCGCGCAGUCGCGACGUGCUGCGGUACGUCGUGUACAAGGGCUUUAUUGCGCUGGACGGCACGUCGCUGACGGUCACGGCCGUCAACGACGAGCCCGAGGCGCAGGGCGGCGGCUGGUGGGAGGUGAUGCUGAUCUCGUACACGCAGUCGCGCGUGGCGCUGGCGGCGAAGAAGGAGGGCGAGACCAUCAAUGUCGAGGUCGACGUGCUGGCCAAGUACGCCGAGAAGAGCAUGGCCGGCUACCUGGAGACCAUGGCCGGCGGCAGCGGCGUGGCGGACCUGGUCAAGAAGACGGUGGCUGCCGCGCUGGCCGAGAAGAAGUAG